GCAAAUCGUCAGCCAUUAUUAUUAGCUUGACGGAAGCAAAAAAAAAGAAAAAGCGCACAAGUGUAUUAUCCGUGUAGACGAAUGUAACUGACAGAAUACAUCUGUAUAUUCCGUUUUGUUACCCGAAACGAAUACGUGUGGAAGUUAACCCUUUUUUUUUUUUUUCCCUUUCCCGCGGGUGUGAUACCUUAAUAGAAGAAGCUUUCUUCUCUUUUGCGUUUGGGGCAGCACAUAUAAGGAACCCCCUUUCCAUUGAGCGUAUUUUCCACCUCACACAAAGUGCCCAUUUAGCAGCUGCAGAAGAGUCGGUUUGACGAAGCGGCGAAUUACGUCCGUGUGAGCAUAUCCCCAGUUCGUUUCAUUACGCGAGUAGCACUGGGAAAUUUACAACAACCCAUCAAUUCAUAUUGUUUGCCAGUCCAUAUAUGUAACCCAGCAUGAUGAAUAACAAAAACGUGAACAGUAGCACCCAAGGACAACAACAGUCCUCCUUGGUGGUGACCCAAAUUCCAAGAAAGAAGCAAUUUUACAAAACAAAGAUGUGCCCGUGGUUCUUCUCUGGGAGGUGUGAUAGAGGAGUAGACUGCCUAUUUGCACAUUCACAAGAAGAAUUAAACCCAAUUCCUGAUUUAUCCUUUACUAGUUUGUGCCCUUUGGCCAAAAAGGCAGGAGUAUGCAAAAAUGAAAAAUGCAGUUAUGCACAUUCUGUUUGUGAGUUGAGGCCCACUGGAGAUUUAUACAAAACGGCUCCGUGCACAAAAUUUCUGAGAGGAAAAUGUAACGCAGAAUCGCAUUGCAGGCAUGCGCACUACAUUGAGGAAUUGAGGCCUCUGCCUGGAAAUUUGUCCCCCUCUCAAAACGCCAUCAACCUCAUGCUCGCCGCCCCACUGGCCGGUUCGACUCAAAAGGGCAGCAAGAAUAAGAACAGCGCGAAUGGUGGCAACGGCGCAAGUAGCGGCAACGCCAACAGCAGCGGCGGCAGCGGCAGCACCCACAACCACAACAGUCAUGGCAGCCACAACAAUCACAAUCACAAUAAUCACAACAACCACAAUCAUAGCAACCAGAACAAUCACAACCAUAACAGCCACAACCACACCAGCGGCAGCGGAAGCGGAUACUUCACGGAGGAGAGCAAGAACAGCGAAAACGUAAUGAAGCCGACGAACUCCUUACUCUGCAACUUCUCUUCACAAAACGGAGUCAACACUAACCGAUAUAGCAAAAGUUUCGAGAAGAACGGCACGGCGGACAAUAACAUUAGCGGUAGCGUGAAUAAUGGAAGCGGAACUUGCAACAUGAGCAGCGGGAUGAUGAACUGCAACGUGGGCAGCAAUAUGACUAGCAAUAUGACUAGCAAUAUGAGCAGCAAUAUGACUAGCAACUUGAGUAGCAACUUGAGCAGCAACUUGAGCAGCAACUUGAGCAGCAACUUGAGCAGCAAUUUGAACAACAGCCACGUGAACAGCCACGUGAACAGCCACGUGAACAGCCACCUGAACAACCACGCGAAUGGCCACGCGAAUGGCCACGCGAAUAACCACGCGAAUAGCCACGUGAACGGAACCAUCAGCCGCGGCAUGAGUCGAAAUUUGAACAGCAGCAUGAACAACAACAACAUGGGCAACGCGAUGAACAGUUGCAUGAACAGCUGCAUGAACAACUGCGGGGUGAGCGGUGCAGUGAGCGGCGCAGUGAGCGGCGCAGUGAACGACGCAAUGAGCAGCGGAAUGGGCAGCGGUAUGAGCAACGCAGUGAACGGCUGUAUGAACAGUUGCAUGAAUAGCUGCAUGAAUGGCGGGAUGAACAGCGGGAUGAACAACGGGAUGAACAACGGGAUGAAUAGCAGCAUGAGUGGCAGCAUGAGUGGCAGCAUGAGUGGCAACGUAAACGUGAACAAGAACUACCAGAAGAGCUCGUCCUACCCGAACAAGCUCUACCAGCUGCUGAAAAACAAAGAGAACAGCGAGGACUACAGCACCGCAAUGAACACCAUGAACAUGAAGAAUUACAUGAUGAAUAGCAACGAGAUGGAGAGCGCAAACGGGCUUAUAAAUCCCUUCAAUUUGAGGAAGUUGCAGAACAUGUGUAGCGGCUCGAACGAACCGAACGGAGCCUUCAAGUCCAUCAACGAAUUGCUGAGUCAAGACAUGAACAUGAAUCGAUCGAUGAAUGGGAGCAUGCACGGCGGGAGUCUCGCCUCCAACUUGGGUGGUGGUCUGGUGAACAUGGGUAGCGGUAUUGGAAGCGGCAUGGGCAGCGGUAUGGUGAACAUGAGUAGCGGCAUGGGAAGCGGCCUGGUGAACAACAUGGCCGUCAUUUCGAACCUGUCGAAUGGCAAGGCGAACAUGAGCAACAUGAGCAACAUGACUAACAUGACCAACAUGAGCAAUAUGACCAACAUGAGCAAUAUGACCAACAUGAGUAACAUGAGCAAUAUGAGCAACAUGAGCAAUAUGAGCAAUAUGACCAACAUCCCCAGCAGCAUAAACGGUACCCAGUAUUACAAUAUUAGUAAGCCAAAGAAGGGCGAGGUGUUGAGCAAGUACCCCUCCUUCCAAAGUAAAGACUCCUCCUCCUCCAUGAGAAUUUCAAGCAAUUCUUCAAAGGAUUAUUCGCCAAAUAAUGAAGAGAAAAAAUUAGUUGAUACAAUUGAGCACAUGGAAAUUACUGCUCAAGAUAGUGCGUUGAAAGUGAUUGAGGAUGAUAACGAAAAGUUGAACAUCGCGGAUAUUAAGAAUUUUUUAAAGUUGUUGCAAAUGACCAACACGAGCAGCUACAAGGAGGACAGCUUUUUGCUCAACGACGAGUUGAAGAAGAGUGGCCACCUCAUGCACGAGCAGCAAUCGCAGCAAUCGCAGCAGUCGCACCAGUCACAGCAGUCACAGCAGUCACAGCAGUCACAGCAGUCGCACCAGUCGCACCAGUCGCACCAAUCGCAUCCAUCGCAUCCAUCGCAUCAUGCGCAGCACCCCCAUCACGCGCAGCACCCGCAGCAUCUGCAACACCUGCAACAUCUGCAGCAAUCGCAGCAACAGCAGCAACCGGCGCUACAGCAACCGGCGCUACAGCAACACGCGCAGCAGUACAACCCCGCGCAGGCGGUGAAGAACGGAAAUAGCCACCCAAAGCAACAGCCCAAGAAUAUCGAAGUUGUCCCGGGCGCCCAUUUACCCGAACAUUUCGUACACACAGGAAAUGUGCCCAACGCGCAAAAUGAUGAAAAUGGCAUGAACAAGUACGACGUAAAUGGGGAUGUAAAAAAUAUUUACAAGUUGAACAACAAUUCACUGAUUAGCUGUUCCAACUUUUGGAAUUACCCAGAGGAUGAGCUGAACACGACGGCUUCGAAAAUUGUGCAAAAUGUGGAAAUCUUCGACUACUAGGAGGGCGAGGCGGAAAGGGAAAGGGAAAGAAGUGAGGAACGAGGGAGGAAAAAGCACAUUUUAUCGAAAAUGUGUUGAAGGAUGCCCCCUGCGAGAGCGCCCCCAUGUGUUGCACGCAUAAGUGGAGAAAUACCCAAAUGUGGGCAUUACCCUGCUGUGCGCCAACACGUACACACAUGUACAUGUACAUAUAUAUGUAUUAUAUAUACACACAUACACAUCCCCCCGCGCGAGCGCAGGACGACCAAGCGGGUGAAAAAUCGAGUGAAGAGAAAAAUGAGCCACGUGAUAUGCUAGCUGUGCCCGCAGUGUGCGCCUUUUUAAGCAUGCACGUGUAAAAUGUACACACAAAUGUGUUGCAUAGCGCGUGUAUAUAUAUCUGUACGUGUAGUAUACGUGUGCCUGCUCAAUCCUCGGUAUAUGAACCGAGCAUAUGCGGCUUUUGCCCCCAUCCCCGCAGCCGCACACAUUUUCGACCGUUGUAAGUUUCCCCGAA